GUGUUAUUGUCAAAUGACUGGUCCCUGAAACAGUCUUAUCAAUGCAUGUUAACACUGGUGAAUGUUGACAAGCUCACUGUUGAACACCGACACUAUCAUCAUGUGAUGGAUAUGUUAUCUUGCCUUCACCAGCACCUACAUGGUACUUCGAUAACGGAGGACGCUAAUAUUACAGCUCCACAUCCAGGACAGUGUAUAUAUCUGUGAGCGGCUACGAUGGCAGUGUUGCUGUUGCUGAUGGUGACGCUGAUGUCACAUGUCCUGCCUUCGUAUCAACUCGGUGGAGGAUGCAUCGCUGAACAACUUCACUCCAGAGAUGAAAUUGAACGGACCUACCAACUCCAGUUUCCAGUGAGCGUCUCCCCGAGUGUACAAGCUGUACACCUCGCUCUCAAAGGUACAACAGCCAUGCGUGUCACGUGGUUAAACCCAACCACUUGGUCGUCGGAUGCGGAAUACACACCCGUAUGUAUGUACGGUUUAACAGUUACCUCCCUUGGCGUUAAUGCCACCGGUGAAGCCUAUUCCUAUCCUGACGGCAUGUUUCUCUGGGUCCUGAACACCGCCAUCUUGAAUCUGACGUCACUUCCGUCUCCUACAGGGGUUUACUAUUACAGAUGUGGAGAUCCGCAGUUCGGAUAUAGCAGCGUCUUAAAUUUUACACUUCAGUCUCCAAAUGCAAGGAACGCGACACAAGACAAUUUGGAGUCACUCCGUACUAACGUGGUCGAGAUGACCACCGCUGCACCGGCAAUAGCGGUAGUGGCCGACAUGGGCGUGAAGAAAGGCGAGGACACAAUGGCGUCUAUUACCAAUCAUGUCAACACUGGGGAGGUCCAACUUCUUGUUCACGCCGGUGACAUCAGCUACGCCGACAAGUUCGGCGGCGACAACCACAACAACAGCGAGGUGUGGGUUGAGUACAUGAACCAACUGCAACCUAUAGUGUCACGUGUCCCCUACAUGGUUGCCCCUGGCAACCACGAGGCUCAGUUUGACUUCGCGGCGUAUUUGAACUGGCUAAAGAUGCCAUCUGAAGAAAGCGGAUCGGAUUCACCAUUCUGGUACUCCUUCGACUACAUGGGCAUCCAUUUCGUUGCCUACUCCACCGAGCACGACUUCAGCCCCAAUUCUACGCAGUAUCUGUGGAUGGAGCAGGAUCUGAGGAAGGCCAAUGAGAACAGAGACAACGUUCCGUGGGUCAUGGUGUUUGGCCACCGCCCUCUCUACUGUACCAGCAUCGUCUGUAUAGAGAGGUGCGACAUAGAGGCUCCACGUUUCCGUGCCAACCUCGAGGACCUCCUCUACUACCAGAAUGUCGACAUCUACAUGAGCGGCCACAACCACCAGUACGAACGCUCCUACCCUGUGUACAAGAAGCGUAUAUCCCAGAGGGACUACACCAACUCCCUGUCCCCCGUCUACAUCGUCAACGGCGCUGCGGGAAACCCGGAACUGAAUGACCCAACCUUCAUGCCCUUCGUGAAGUGGCGGGCAUUCGACGAGGCGACGUUCGACACCGGGUACCUGCUGAUGCGCCCAUCCAGGUGGCAGAUACAGUUCGAGUACAUCCUCAGCAAGUCCAACAGGGUCGUCGACACCUUCACCAUGUCAAAGACCCCGUACUGACUACAAGCGAAUCAACUACAAUCCUUCCUUGACUAUCUAAUGCAUCACUUCUUUUAUAAUGAUUAACACCCGAGAUUCUUUAGACUCUUUUCGAAAGAUGCAACCCUCCGUAGCUGCUAUAUCUGACUACAGAAUACCUCUCGUUGGAGAGGAUAAAAAUAUUGGACGGUAUUUGUAGUUUAAUCGAAGAUAACCAGUAAUCAUCACCAUAGUUACGUUUAUGAAAUCGGCUAUUCAAAUAGAAUUAUUUUUAAAAACUAAAUGUCUGUUUUACUGAAUAAAUAACUGUUUUACUGAAUAUUUCAGACAAAAUAAAGAAUGCUUACACCCG